AACUUUAGCCUUAAUUGGUAGUUCGUCACUUAGUGCUCCGAAAAAAAACCGAAACAGUCUACCCCCUCUAAAGUCAAUAAAUUUUAUCGAGAGUAUGAGAAGUAUGAUGUAUAGUCUUGGAACUGCGCCUGGCGAAAAAGUCGACGAAGAAUGGGAACCAUUCUCCACGCUGUAUUAUAAUUUACUAUUACCGUUACGUGAAAGUGCAAAUAUCAAUAUUGGUAUCCCCCAAUAG